GACACUACUAUAUAACAAAUAAUUUGAGCAAUUGUAACAAUGACAGCAAAGCCAAAAGAGAGGUCCCUGGAGAAAACUGUGACGACUUCUGAUCCUCCCACCGGUGACAGCUCCCUUCCUAAAUCAGAGAAAUCCAUCGAGCGUCGCAAGAGUAACCUAGUUCGACGACUUAGCAAGAGAAUAAGACGGAUAGUGGACGACAAAAUACUUGAUGACCGCCACACAGAUGAGACGCUUAUCUCGAACAUUCCUCCCAAAUCUCCGGGCAAACCGGUCCAGAAAUCUACAAGUCUCAAUCGAGACAAGAGAAAUCAAGUCUCUAUGAGACGGCGUCUUGGUUCUAAGAACCACACAAUCUCAAAAUGUCACUUUGAACUGAAAGAUUUUGAGAAUUACAGCACUGAGGAUAUUCCCCAACUAGCAGAACACUUUGUGAAGUGCACCGAUCCAGCCCAUAUUCUACCCUCCAAAAAGUGUGAAUCUCACAUUGCCUUCAGCUCCAAACCUCCUUUUCUUAAGGUAAAGAAGGAAGAGAUCCCCGACGUGGCUUUUGCCGAAGAAAACCACACAGAGGAUCCAGAAAUACAGAAAAUUAUAGACCUUCUCGUUCAAAGAGCAAACCAGUAUAACGAUGCAGCAGAGGGGAAUAACGAAGAGAUGAGGGAACUUGUGAUGGGUGCUAACAGCAACAUGAGAUGGUACCUGAUAAACAGAGUCUGGGAGGGCAUCAAAGCUACCUCCCGCAGCGUCGACUGGACUGAUUUCCUUAAGAUGAUGAUACUGUCUUAGCAGAAUGCGAGAUUUGUACUCAUAUUGACUGUUGUGAUGGUGAUAUUUCGGGUGCUCAAUCAAAGUUGUUUUCUAACUUCCUCCAAGGGCUUGAGGAUUUUUACAGAGUGUUACAAAUACAAAGAAUUUCGUUUUAUGAAGUUACUUUGACAGAACAGUAUUGAGAUUAUUGAUUGUCUUGAGACACCGUGGUAUGAGAUGCUCUUUAAAGCUGAAGUUGCCAAUGGAUAUCGAGUUUUUUAAUUCGUAUGUUUUCUCUUACCUUUAACUGAUAUAUAAUAUACCAGUAUGACCAGGUAUGGUCAGUAUGACUGGUAUUUUGUUUGUUUUACCAACGUCUAAUUAUGGAUGAUUUAGAGCUGGUUUUUUUCUAUUUCUUCAAAUUUUUGGUUGCAAUGAAAACACUUGUUUAUGUCAAAUAUCAUAUUUAAUUUGGACCAUGGAUUAAUUUAACAUAAAUUUGUACGUUACAAUCUUAUUUAUAUAUCCAUGUCAAAUUGACUGUAUAUUAUGUCAUAUCGGUAAUUUUUUUGAUAAUUUAUGACCAGUUCGUCGAUAUACCGGAA